AUGGUCAUCUCCACGUGGAAGGAAUUGGACUCAGUUCUAAUCCAAACACAUUGUGAUCUAAAACAGCGCUUGACUCUUCUGAAAAAGUUUGACCAGCUGAUCCAGAGAGCCGAAUCAUCCGUCCCACCAGUCAGAUCAGUUCGUCGUCGUUGCCCCAGUGAUGCAGUGAUUCGUCGAACAUCUGAUUGUACAGCCGAUCGUCGUUCAGAAAUGGCAAACGUAUCCGCAGUUCAUUCUGACUGGGAUUCCUUGCAUCAGUUUUCCCAAUCAGGGAUGUACGGCUCGUCGAUGAGUAAUUUGGCGGCAUCGGUCAAUAAUCACACCACUUCAUUCCGAUUGUCUCCGGAACUCACUGUUGCCGGGGCAUUGAAACGACUUGACAAGACAGUGAGCAAUCAUUUGUUUGUGGAGGAACCUGCUACCGGUGAACUACUUGAGCACUUACAUUGGAUCAAGGAGUUACAUGAAAAAUUGAAAUCCACGAGUUUGGACGAAAAUGGACUGGCAGAGAUUUCUCAACAGUUCAACGGAGCGGUGAUUCCGCCCACGGAUGAAGAUGGAUUUGAACAGUUUCGUGCUCAUUGGCAUCGCCAUCUCAAACAUUCCAUAGAACAAGCACUGGAUGAACUGCACUCGUUAUCGCUCACGGAUCAACCGAUUUCGGAGUUAUCUUCUGUCGAUUGGUCAGGACGACGUCUGUGGACACGUCAAUCCUAUUCCACCCUGGCUCGGACUAUUCUCACCGCAUUGGAUCAGAAAUCAGCCGGUACACCCAACCCUGAGUGGAUGCGUGUAAACUUGAACAGUGCUUGGGACUGCCUACAUCUCCUCCUGGAAUCUGAAACACGUAUUCAGAAUGAUUUUUGGUUUGCCAGUGGUAAGCUUUUCGAAAUGAACUCAUCUUCGUCGUCAUCACCACUGCUGUCGACACAGAACUCAUCUCGUUUUGAUGGCGAUUUGGUAAUUGAAUGCACCGAUGCUUUGGCUGCGUUGCGAUCCAGUCUGAUUCUCGCCGACCAGCAUGAAUUUCAUGCGGCCAUUCGGUUGGAGGCAACGCUACUACACACCGUUGCUUUAUGGAACUGUAUGGUCGAUGAAUUGGAAGAUCAACUACUGGUCACACCUCUCCAACCUGAGUCGGAGAAUACGGAACAACAUUCUGUUUCCACGGAUAUCUUGAGCUUGUAUGCUGACCAGAUUCUUCAGUCGGACAAUCGAGCAACUGUGGAAAACACAGAUCAACAAAUUUCAGAUCUCGUGACUCCACGAGAACUUCACUUCAAACUCGACUUUCCCGCCACCUUGGCUCUACUUGACUCAGCAUACCAAAAACUGCACGAAUUGUACAAAUCAUCUGCCUCAGAACCGAUGGAUACGGGGGACAAGCAACAACUAAGCAAUAAGCAGAACGUGUCUGCUCGUUUGGGGGACAAUACACUCAACCGGAUUGUCACAGUCGUAACCCGAUUCCACCAUCGUGUGCGCAAUCUGGCUGAACUGGCAGCGUGUCCUCCGACUUUCCCGGAACGCGCAAAGGCCUCCGAUUGUGUACGAUCAAGGCCGCUUUCAGCACACCCAUCACGCACCAGCGAGGCACAAUCGAACACAUUGCAAUGUGCGGCAGAACAGUUAAUGACAAUGUGCCAUGUAGUUCUCAAUGGAGCCUGUUACUCGGUGGAUGAGUUUUGCAGUAUGUUUGAGAAGCUUGGAACUUUGUUGAAUUCGAGCGAUUCGUUGGACAGUGUCCGGAGCGAGCGGGAUUGGAUACGCCGAUUGUGCUCACAACUCUUCCAUUGUCGCACCUACGCUACCGUUCUUUCAGGGCACUUGGCCGCAUUAGUCGAACAAAUUGGAGACCUGGCGAACCAUUCAUGUGAACUUGGCUUUUUGCAAAACGAACCUGAUUGGGUACGCUUUCUGGUACGCCGCUAUCAGGCUAUCCGCACCGUUUACGAAGCAGACUGGGAUCAGUUAAUCGAAUGGGUCACAGCUCUGCUGAUCGGUUUGGAUUCGGCAUUCAAUUGGAUUGAUCGCUAUGAUACGUCCGUCCAACUAAACGAUACGCAACUGCGCUCGCAUAUUCGUCGAUUAGACCAGUGGAUAGCGAACGUGGCAGACAAGCCACCGACUGAGCGACUGAAUUGUCUGAGCGAACUGGAACAAAUCCGUUUGGAUGCACUUGUGGAUCGAUGUGUCCAGUUGAAUGGUGCUCAUUUCAAUCAGCUGAUCUGGGCUAACGUUGAACAUCAACUGGUCCACAAUGGACUAAUUCUAGAUCGUAUUACCGAUGCUGAACAGCUGCUGUGGUCGCAGCACGCCAAUUUUGAGCUUAAUUUAAUUCAUCACUGUGACGCGGAGCAACAACGAGUCACUAGACGUGUACAAGCCGCCAAGUCGAUGAGACAAAUACGUGCAGUGUUUCGUUCACUGGACGCCUGGUUCCAGAAUCACAUAGCCAAUGUACGAGAGUAUUUUAUUCCAGAUGACUCUCUGAACAUGCAAGAUCUCGAGUGUCUCAGUGUCGUUUGCCAGACUUGGUUUGAGGCAGUAGCUGUUCGACUGCGUUGGCUACUCCGGUUGGAGGGGAACUUAUCCGCUCACGAGCAGUCAAAACAAAAUGGACAGAACGAAUUGAGCCCACAGAUCACCAAGUGUAUUACUCGCUGGACUGCUUGGAAGAGGGCACUUUGUGAUUUGGCCUCAUCCGUGGUCUCGUUCCUGGAAGUGGAACAGUGGGAUCGUGAGCGCGCUCAGUGGAACAAUGAAUCCGAGUUCGGGGUGUUUACUCUGCCGUUGAUUUGGACAGAGGUGCAGCUGGAACAAAGUGUGGCUUUGCAACGAAAGCAGAACAGUUUUUUGGAGCGAUUAGAUCAAAUAAGAACUAGUCUGUGUCAGGCCAGUAGGGAUAGUCACACCAUAUGCAUUCCACAAUCUUCUGCUCGAGACGAUUCGAUUGUUGUAUUCAUUCCAACGUUCGAAGCGAGCGAACUGCACGACCAGGCACGUUUGAUCCGUAACUUAUUGGUUCACAACGAGGAAGCUAACACGUGCAAUGUUCCAGCACGUUAUACACAACAGUUAGCAAACAGCUGGUGUCAGCUACGAGCCAUCCGUAACCGACUGAAUGUCACUCACGGUGAGCUGGAUCACUUGAUCCAAUCGGCCACAGAGUUUCAUCCCCUACCACUGGACCGGAUCAGUGUCGCGUAUCGAAUGGUGUGCGCCGUAUAUCACUUGGCAUCUCAAAUUCGAUCGCGUCGAAACGAAUGGCUCGAAUGUGCCGGUGACUCAGGAUCAACGGACGCAUCCAAAGCAUCCUUGUAUACGAAAUUCCGCCAGACGGCUAUUGGGCUCUAUAAUCAGUUGGCUCAUCCUUCGGAUGGUGACUGCCGGAGCAUUUCUGCCAUUUUGGAUGACCAAAAGGCCACCGUUGAACACAUGCUGCAUCAGUACGCUCUCGUUCAACAAGAUCUAGUGUCCCGAGCGGAUCACGUUCUGGCCAACCUUUCCCAGAUUGCCUCCCGAUCGCUCAGCUACUCACAAACCUACACUCGUGCUUACCACGGUCUCAAUCGUUGUGCUGUCCAGUGUUAUCAUCUGCUCAGAUCACUAAGCCCCGAGGAUGAGGCGCACGCUAAUCCUUCUGUUCCCUCAAUGCUGCCGUUGAUCAAAUUGACCGCACAACAGCACAUACUACGCCAUGAAGUCUGUGGGACGUUAACCGAUGUACAGCGCACAAUACGUUGCAUCCAACAAACGUGGACCGCUCCGCGGUGCGUAAAUUGGUUCCGUUUGCACAGUCACGAUCUGCUCUCUCGUUAUGCUCAUCUUGACCAACUGAUGAAUCUCAGUCUGAAAAUGUGGUCCCAUCAGCAUGCAGUUUGCGUGCAGCUGGCAAACAGGGGAGAGGUUGUUCCGCUUCAUACACCUCCUGCGAUACGGGUAGCCUCAGCUACUGAAUACCCGUCAUCCAGUUCACAUCAAUUCGGGAUUGAUUCUACCACAAAUUCAAUGCUGCAAAGUUUCCUAGAAAAAGCUCAAUCAGAGCUGAACGUGGAAUUAAAUUCCGGUUUGUCGACAGACAAAGUUGUGAAUUCUGUCAGCGAUGUGGUUCGAUUACUCCUCAUAAUGCAACAGGUUAUGAAGGAAAUACGUCGUCUUCUUCCUCGUUGCUUGUCCGACCUUGAAAGUGAUCUGUCUGCCGUUUCAAACGAGGAUUACUGUGCAAUCAGACGCCAACGGAAACACACGGACUGCACAUUGCCCACCACCUGGGUUCAACACAUGCAGACCACACUGCUCACUCACACGAUCGAUCUCCUUCAUACCUACUGUACAAACGCGGUUACCAGUCACGAGUGGCUCACUCGAUGGAACACACAUUUGGCUCGCUUUUGCAUGCGACGAACAGAACAGCAGGAGGAGGAGCACUCUAGACUUGGCAGUAAAUCUGUGACAACAUGUGCUAAUGACACUCGACAGGGCCAAAUAAAGUGCAACCAAAAUACGGACACUCAGUCGAAUGCUAACCACGAUCGACGAAUGGCGAUCACCAUGACCGAUCUUCGACCGCGUAUCACUGCCCUUCGUUCUCGAUUGGCGAACGUCGUUCAGUCGAAGAUUUCAACGCGAAAUCGAAUGUGUCAAUUCCAACGCGCACUUUGUAGUCUGACAAAUCAGCAUCCCCGUCUACAUGCCUCGGUCCUAACAGGAUCAGCAUUUGCGAAAGUCGCUCAAGAAUAUUUCAUGCACUGUGCCCAAUUAGUGCACGCCUGUUUGAAUACGAUUGAAACCGAUGCACCGCCGAUUCUGGCUGAAAUUCGUCAGAUCCAGACAUGUGAAUGCAGGAGGAACAACGGGAGUUUUGACGACUGGGACUAUACAUCAAACUUUGACGUGAUGCAGUUGUACACUGCGUGUGUCGUGAUCUGUGAGCAGCAAAAUCUACUUCCGUUGGACGGACACACGCGCACUGCAAUUCGUCAAUUGGCGUUGGAACUAAAAAUGGGCCUACACACGGUGCUUGGCAUGCGACCCCAUCAACCUGAAAGUAUCCGUUCCAACGGUCUCGGUGGUCCACAGGACGGCUCACUGAAACUGUUUGUUUACGAUUGGAUUACGGAACAACUGACUGCGGUUCAAAGCCCCAUCCCCAUGGACAGUGAUCUCAAAUCUGUUUUCAACGAACGAAUCGAACAUCUCAAGUGCAUUCGAUCUGCAUGCCUUGCUUUGUUACAAACCUCGAAUCACGGGUAUCAUUCCGACCGGGCGCAUGAUAUCCGGGACCACGCUAUCGGAACCCAGCAGUCCGUCGACGAGAAUAUGGAACAGACAGCCUUGAAAUUUGUACUAGCAGAUUCAUCGUCUUCUCGAACAUUCGAUACGGAGAGGUUAAGACAAAUUGCGACUCGCAUAGAACGGCUGGUUGAGCAUAAAAACUCUCUGUUGCUCUCGUUGGCACAAGAUCGUCAGUGGCUUUCCAGCAUCAGAAGUAUUUUAACGAACCCUCACGACGACGAUGCGCAUAAUAGAGACCUGUCACCGGAAACGGUAAGUAUCUUGAUGCUCUACAAAUUAGAUCUUCUUCAUUUUCUUUAUUGA